AUGCUGUUGCUGCUCAGUGUCUUUCUCACCGUGUGGGCUCUCUGUGCUCAUGGACAAGUGAAACCUUGUGACUUUCCAGAAAUAAAACAUGGACGUCUAUAUGAAGAAGGCUAUUAUAGACCAUACUUCCCAGCACCAAUAGGAAAAUCUUAUUACUAUUACUGUGAUGAAAAUUUUGAACCUCCUACGGAAACUUAUUGGGGCCAAAUUUCUUGCACAAGAGAAGGAUGGAAGCCAAAAUUACUCUGCCGAAGAAAAUGUAUUCUUGAUUACUUGGCACAUGGACAAAUUCAACAAUGGAAAAGAAAAUACUAUCAAGGGGAAACUGCAAGAGUUACCUGCCAAUCUGGUUACAGUCUCGAAAAUGGUCAGAGUAUACUAACGUGUACGGAAAACGACUGGGUUCCUCCUGCCAAAUGCCUCCCUGUCAAUUCGAAAGGAAACUGUGGGAUUCCUCUACCUAUUGACAACGGAGACAUUACUUCAUCUCUAUUACCAACAUAUGCCCCAGGAUCCACAGUGGAGUACCAAUGCCAGAACUUAUAUAAACUUGAGGGCAGGGCAACUGUAAGAUGCUCUAAUGGAGAAUGGUCAAAGCCACCAAGAUGCUUAGAGCCAUGUGUGAUAUCAGAAGACAUCAUGAAUAAACAUAACAUACAACUUAGAUGGAUAGAUAGGAACAAAUUCUACACUCAAUCAGGGGAGCCUGUUGAGUUUUCAUGUAAAUACAGGUACAGAUGGAUAUCACCAGAACCUCUUCGAACCAAGUGUGUAGAAGGUAGAAUAGCAUAUCCCACUUGUGGAUAA